UCAAGCUGACAACUGUUAAGUUAGUAGCAAAUUAAAACGCGAGGUACGGUUUUUGUAGUGACAAUAGUGAAGUUUUUUUUGUAAGAAAAAUGGCAAAAACAUACGACUAUUUAUUUAAAUUGUUAUUAAUCGGUGACUCGGGAGUAGGAAAGACGUGUGUUUUAUUUAGGUUUUCUGAAGACGCGUUUAACACUACGUUUAUAUCCACCAUUGGAAUCGACUUUAAAAUUAGAACUAUAGAUUUAGACGGGAAAAAAAUUAAACUACAAAUAUGGGAUACCGCCGGACAAGAACGAUUUCGCACAAUCACGACCGCUUACUACAGAGGCGCGAUGGGUAUUAUGCUAGUAUACGACAUAACGAACGAGAAAAGUUUCGAAAAUAUUAAGAAUUGGAUUAGGAAUAUAGAGGAAAAUGCGUCGUCGGACGUAGAGAAGAUGCUUUUAGGUAAUAAAUGCGAAUUAGAAGAUAAACGACAGGUGUCCAAGGAGAGAGGCGAACAAUUGGCUGUUGAAUAUGGUAUUAAGUUUAUAGAAACUAGUGCGAAAGCUAGCAUUCGAGUGGAAGAAGCUUUCUUUACCUUAGCUAGAGAUAUAAAAGCGAAUACGGAGAAGAAAUUGAAGGAGGCGAGCAAUCCCCCAAAAGGCGGCCAUCAGCUGAAAGCUACAGAACCGCAAAGAAAACCCACAAACUGGCUGUCACGCUGUACUUUGCUUUGACCAAUUACGGUACAUUAACGAACCAUCACACAAUCACAAGCUGGGACUUUUUUAUACAUAAAUAUAUUUUUGAUCAAUAUGUGACUAGCUUUAGAAACAGGUCAAUUGUUCAGAUGGUAAAAAAAAUAAAUGAACAAUAUUUGUAAGUGUGAUAUACUCAUAGGAUGGAAGAUUCAAGUCCGGCACAGACUUUUUUUCUUGUGUACAUCCUUGAUAUUAAACAUGGCCUAUACAUUUUUCAUAUUUUAUACUAUGUACAACCAUUAUCAAGUCUAGUUGCAUAAGGACAAAGAAGGGUGUACUAAAAUCUUUCAAAUCUGAAUGUGAACACAGUUUUAUUAAAGGACUAAAUUUAGUAUUGUUUUCCUUACUAAUGUAAGAA